UAUAACUAAUGAGAGUGUACAAUGCAAUGGCGGACGUCCUCGACAUCGCCAGCCAGAAGCACGUGCUUACCAGCGCUGAGGGUUGGAAGGUGAACCAUCUAACCGCGCAGAUGGACGACUUGGUCUCAUUGGAAGCAGAUGUUGGUGAACAACUGUCGGGAGUUUUGAGGGCGCUGGAAACAGCGUCAGGGCGCGCGCUUUCCGCCCUGCAGCCACAUUCUCAUACAUUAUUGGAGCUACUUAAGGGCAACAUACAAAGAAGUAAAAUCGUCUGUGAAGGAAUACAAGAAGCCCGGGAAGACAUUUUACGAGUGUUCACUCACAGGAACUUUGUAUCGGAAAUUCUCACGCGACAGGCUGAUAAGCGGUGUUUCAGGAAACACCGGUCGCAAUCAUAGCAAAAAUCCAGUUUUGUUUGAAAUAAAACUAUAUCGUGUAAAUAGCCUAGUUAAUGUGUACAUUUUUGAAUAAAUGAAGAAUAAUAUUUAUGUUAGAAAGAAUGACUUGAAUUUUGUUCUGUGACUUAGAAUUAUUUUAAUAAUAAAUAUUUUAUAUUAAGA